AGACACCUGAUUCACAGACUGCAGAGCGGCGAGGGGAAGUGCUAAAGAAAGAAAGAAAGAAAGAUUUUGAAACAAACAGAAAAGCAUGUCGGCGAAUGAGUUGACCUCAGGUUGCAGUCAGUGAGAUGCAGAGUAUGACUUUUCACAGCUAAACCUUCUGAUCAUACACACUCAGCACAGGGUUAAAGGAAUCCUUCAGAAGAACUUGUACCAGCAGGACACGUCACGCAUUGCCAUGGCAGACCCGUCCUCCUCGCAGAGUUGGUGGAAGCUGACCUUCCUUCGCAAGAAGAAGUCGGAGCCCAAAGUUCUGUACGAAAUCCCGGCGGAGUACGGCAGUAACCACGGCAACAAGGACGAGGGCAGCAGCGCAGGUGACAGCCAGUUCAACGCGAGGCUGGAGAAGAUUGUCGACAAUUCCGCCACCAAGGGCCGGCACAUGAAGGUGUCGCAUUCCGGACGCUUCAAAGAAAAGAAAAAAGUCCGAGCUACCUUGGCCGAAAACCCAAAUCUCUUCCCAGAAAACACGAACAGCGAAAACCACAACGAGGAGAAACACUAACAGUCCAUGACAGACUGCGAUACCAAUAAAAAGAAAAUCUCAGAAAAAUCUAAUAAAAAACAAAACAAAAAUCAUACCGGCCUUAAAAUACAGGUUUUAUAUUUAUGUGCGUGCGUGCGUGCGUGCGUGUUGUCAGUACUCCAGAGUUGCACUUCAAAUGCUGGUGACACCUACAGUUUGCCUGUCCGUUUAUGUUGUAUAAAUUCUAAUUGGUUUUAGGGUUCAAGACCUCUUGUUGGGCACACACACACGCACGCACGCACGCACACACGUUGGACAGGAGAGGGCAAUGCUUACAGGUGCUGAGAAUCAAGAAGCCUCCAUUCCACGUUAGUUAUGGAGGUCUGGGUUGGAUUAGGUCACAUCUGAUUUUUUUUUUUUCUUUUUUCUUACUGGACGCACAGGAAACGGGGCAUAGCCAGCAAAUGACCUUCACUCUCAGUGGCUUUUCAGAAAUGGGCAAUGGGCAGCAAAGAGUAAAAACAUGCCGAUUUUGUCAUAAAAGUGCUAGUAAGCCAUUGCAUUGUACCAGCCAUACGAUUGCUCCUGCGUUGCUAGAGCCGGACCACACAGUACGAUCUCUGCCCACUGUGCGGCGAUGCCUAUGGCACAGUGCUGCCUGCCUUUCUCUGGGUUAUUACACUGCACGGCUGUAAUGGUGUAUAUGUAUUUUGGGGUUUUUAUGUUUUGUUUUGUGCAGCAAAAUGAAUUGAUAGCAUCUGAAAUCCAGAAACCCCUAGUAUUUAUUUUUUGAAAAUGAAUGUAAAAUAACUCAUGAGCUUAACAACUUUAUUUAACAAUAGAGCCGGGCAACACGCCUGUCCUCUGAACUAACAUUUUUUAAAUUAAGAAAAGUUUACCAAACAGACUGAUUGCAUCGCAAGCCCGUUCUGCUUGGUAAAGUCGAUUAACAGAUUUUUUUUUUUUUUUAAAGACAGCUCCUGUGUUUUAUCGACUCCUUAAAGGGGAGGGGUUAAGAAUAUACAAUAUUAGUUACUUCAAAGUGAUGACUUGAAUUCCCCUCUAACUAUACUGUAUCUAGUACAGUCAUUUUUGUGUAUGAAUUUGUAAAGUAUGAAAUAUCAGUUCUAUAAAGUUAUGGAAAGUUUUUAUUUAGAAAGGGCCUAUUCACAACCUUUUCAUGCACGAAACAUUAAAAAUAGAUGAAAAAAUUGUUUUGGAAACAUAAUAUUUUUAAUUGAAAAUGUUUUGGUUUUUUUCUCCCCCUCCACCAUUUCUACAUAGUGCGAAAUAGCAUCCUCGUUAUAUGAGGUCAUCGUGCACUUGUGUCUUCCAUAUGAGGUCAUCGUGCACUUGUGUCUUCCAUAUGAGGUCAUCGUGCACUUGUGUCUUCCCAGUGCCUCCCAUAUAAAGACAAGGAUAGUUAGGAACGCUUCAUUUAAAAAGAGUUCACAAAGAGACAACUGAAACGGUUUCAAAACAUGAUUUAAACAAAAGGAUGGUUUUAAAAAAAAAAAAAAGUGUCCUUCAGAGGAGAAAUAAAUAAAUAAAAACAAGCAUCCUUAAAGUUUUGUAGAUAAGAGCCCACGAAUGAAAAGAGGAUUGGGGUUCUGAGAAACAAUGUUGCAAAACGAGAAUCAGCCCACACAGGCACAGAGCACAAUUGCUUUUACUUUCCUUCUAGAAGAAUGGUGUAAAAUUGUCCCAUAAGGGAUCCUUGAGGGCAAUGCUUGCAUGACCGAGUCUGACAGGGCAAAGGAAGCAGAAGAAAAACCAAAACAUGCUUGUGUUUUCUCAACAGUUGUACAAUAUACACAAUGGUGCCCACAAUUCUUUUUUUGUUUUUGUCAAUGAAUUGUUGUUUU